AUGGGUAUAUUUUUUAGUACCGAGACAAAGUCUCCACAAGAUGAAAAGAGCACAUCUGUCGCUGUUCAACCAAAACAAACUGAAGUAAAGGAUUAUAAGAUCUUAUUAUUGGGCGCAGGUGAUUCAGGUAAAUCAACAAUCGCAAGACAAACAAGAUACAUUUAUUUGAAUGGGUACACAGAUGACGAAGCAAAAGAUUCUUUUCACGAUAGCUGUCAACACAACAUCUUACUUUGUAUUCAGCUAUUAUGCAGAAACUUGGAAAAAUAUGGUUUGAAACCAGCUGAAGAUAUUCAAAAAGAUGUAGAUUAUUAUAAAAAUAUUAAUCCAUAUGAAUUACCAUUGGAAAAUUCAUUGGUACCAGUAAUUACCGCAAUAUGGAAAGAUCCAGCUGUUCAACAAUUAUAUAGUAUUCACAGAAAUGAAAUUCAGUUGCCAGACGUUGCUAAAUAUUGUUUGGAAAAUGUUGAUCGUAUAGCAUCAGACUCUUAUGUCCCAUCAAAGCAAGAUAUUUUAAAUUGUUUACAAAGAACUACUAGUACCAAGGAGUCUGAAUUCAUUGUUGACAGCGCAAAGUUGAAUUUAUUCGAUUUUGGAGGAAAGAGAAAGGAGCGUAGACAAUGGUUCCAACACUUUGAAGGAACAAAGGCAGUUGUUUUUUGUGCUGCUCUUAGUGAUUAUAAUAUCACCCUUAUUGAAGAUCAAGCCAUCAACCGCUUGGAAGAUACUAUCCAACUGUGGAAAGAGGUUCUCGUCAACCCAGCUUUCAAGCAUGUCCCAAUUUUCCUUUUACUCACCAAACAAGAUAUCUUUAGAGAAAAACUUGGAAGAGAUCCACUCGAAAAAUAUUUCUCUGAUUAUACAGGAGGAGAUGAUUUCCAAAAAGGUGUGGAGCAUAUUAGAAAUUUAUUCUUUAGAGAAACACCAAAGGGAUUACUUGUUGUGGCUCACGUUUGCACAGCUACCAGCACUGAAAAUAUCAAAACUGUUUUCGAUUCCAUUCGAAAAUCGAUUGUCAACAUCAACAAUCAACGUGCUGCUCGAUUAAGUACAGGUUCUACAAGUUCAUCUUCGACGUCAGCAGCUCCUGCAAGCCCUGUGACCAAUGCCACCACAAACACACCAAUUGCUCAACCACAACAAUAA